AUGGAGUUCUCAGCAGGUGUGAAGAAGAGGACUAAAGUCAUCAAGAACAACAUCAACCCCGUCUGGAAUGAGGGCUUCGAGUGGGACCUGAAGGGAACUCCCCUGGACCUGGGCGCCGAACUCACCGUGGUCGUGAAGGAUCAUGAGACCGUGGGGAGAAACCGGUUUUUGGGAGAGGCCCGGGUGCCCCUGCGGGAUGUCCUCUCCUCCCCCAGCCUGGCAGCCUCCUACAACCUCCCCUUGCUGGACACCAAGAAGCAGAGCACAGGGGCUUUCCUUGUCCUCCAGGUGUCCUACAUCCCCCCACCAGGAGCUGUCCCCCUCUUCCCUCCCCCAGCUCCCCCAGAACCAGCACCAGCCUCUUCUGAGCCCGACACAGUCACUGAGACUGCUGGAGAGGAGGAGAUGGAAGACCAGAUCAGGGUGAGGGUCAUUGAGGCCCGGCAGCUCCCUGGGGUCAACAUCAGGCCCGUGGUGAAGGUGACAGCUGCUGGGCAGACCAAGAGGACCAGGAUACGCAAAGGCAACAGCCCCUUCUUUGAUGAGACCUUCUUCUUCAACGUCUUCGAGUCGCCAGCCGAGCUGUUCGACGCGCCCGUCUUCAUCCAGGUGGUGGAUUCUCGGUCCUUCCGGACGGACUCGCUGCUCGGGGAGUUCCGGAUGGACGUUGAGGCCAUUUACUCAGAGCCAAAACACGCUCUCCUCAGGAAGUGGCUGCUGCUCUCUGACCCAGAGGACUUCUCAGCAGGGGCCAAGGGCUACCUGAAAGUCAGUCUCUUUGUGCUGGGGCCUGGAGAUGAAGCUCCUCUGGAGAAGAAGGAGGUGUCUGAGGACAAGGAGGACAUCGAGGGCAACCUCCUGCGCCCCACGGGGGUCACCCUGCGAGGGGCUCAUUUCUGCCUGAAAAUCUUCAAAGCUGAAGACCUGCCCCAGAUGGAUGAUGCUGUCAUGGACAAUGUCAGGCAGAUCUUUGGCUUUGAGAGCAACAAGAAGAACCUGGUGGAUCCCUUCGUGGAAGUCAGCUUUGCGGGCAAGACGCUCUACUCCAAGAUCCUGGAGAAGAACGCCAACCCCCAGUGGAACCAGUGCCUGACGCUGCCAGCAAUGGGCCACCCCCUCAGCUCCGUGGGGUGAUGGGGGUUGUGUUGCAGGGACCGUAUGACACACAACGACGUCGUGGGCACCGCCAACCUCUGCAUGUCCAAGAUCUCAGCCCCGGGAGGGGAGCUGGAGGUGGACGACGGGCUGGGGUUCCUGCCAACUUUUGGUCCCUGCUACAUCAACCUCUACGGCAGCCCCCGGGAGUUCACCGGCUUCCCUGACCCCUACGAGACGCUCAACUUAGGAAAGGGCGAGGGAGUGGCGUACCGAGGCAGGAUGCUGGUGGAACUGGAGACCAAGCUGGUGGAGCACGUGGAGCAGAAGGUGGAGGACAUUUCCGCCGAUGACAUCCUGAGGGUGGAGAAGUUCCUGCGCCGUCGGAAAUACUCCCUGUUUGCUGCCUUCUACUCGGCCACCAUGCUGCAGGGGGUGGAUGGGGCCAUCCAGUUCGAGGUCAGCGUCGGCAACUACGGCAAUAAGUUUGACACCACCUGCCUGCCCUUGGCCUCCACCACCCAGUACAGCCGGGCUGUGUUCGACGGCUGUCACUAUUACUACCUGCCCUGGGGCAACGUGAAGCCCGUGGUGGUGCUGUCAUCCUACUGGGAGGACAUCAGCUAUAGGACUGAUGCUCAGAACCUUCUCCACCACGCAGCAGACAGGCUGGAAGCAAACCUGGAGAAGAUCCACCUUGCUCUCAAGGCCAAGCACUCGCCCAGAGAGCUGGAUGCUCUGGCUGCCCAGCUGAUGGAUGAUGUCAUUGCUGACUGCAGCCUCUCCCUGCCUGAUGUCCUGGGGAAGCCAGCCAGCACCCACCUGGACCAGAACAUGUACCGGUUCCGCAGCACCAACCUGGAGCAGAUAGUGAAGGCAGCCCUGAAGCUCAAGCACGAAGACUCGAGCCUCUCAGCAGCCCUGGAACAGGCAGAGGACUGGCUGUCCAGGCUGAGGGCCAUGGCAGAGGAGCCCCAGAACAGCCUGCCCGACAUCGUGAUCUGGAUGCUGCAGGGGGACAAGCGCGUGGCGUUCGCCCGCGUGCCCGCCCACGAGGUCCUCUUCUCCAGGAACAUCCCUGACUGCUGUGGCAAGAACUGUGGGAAGCUGCAGACCAUCUUCCUGAAGUACCCCCAGGAGGAGGCAAUGGGCCCCAGGAUCCCAGCCCAGAUCCGGGUCCAGCUCUGGUUCGGGCUGUCAGUGGAUGAGAAGGAGUUCAACCAGUUCGCCGAGGGGAAGCUCUCUGUCUUCGCUGAAACCUAUGAGAACCAGGUCAAGCUGGCACUGGUGGGGAACUGGGGCACGACUGGCCUGACCUACCCCAAGUACUCAGACGUGACGGGCAGGAUCAAGCUGCCCAAGGACAGUUUCCGCCCCUCCGCGGGCUGGACCUGGGCUGGGGACUGGUUCAUCUGCCCGGAGAAAACGUUGCUGCACGAUGUGGACGCCGGGCACCUGAGCUUCGUGGAGGAGGUGUUUGAGAACGAGGUGAGGCUGCCUGGAGGCCAGUGGAUCCACAUGGCUGAUGCCUACACUGAUGUGAAUGGGGAGAAGGUCCUGCCAAAGGAUGAGAUUGAGUGUCCUCCAGGCUGGAAAUGGGAAGACGUGGAGUGGGAUACAGAUCUCAACAGAGCUGUGGAUGAAAAAGGCUGGGAAUACGGCAUCACCAUCCCCCCGGAGCGCAAGCCCAAGGCCUGGGUGCCAGCUGAGAAGAUGUACCACACCAACCGGCGCCGGCGCUGGGUCCGGCUGCGCCGCAGGGACCUGGCCCAGAUGGAGACCACGAGGAAGGGAGGAGUGACAGAUGACAAGAGUGAUGAUGGCAAAUCCAUCUCCACCCUCAGUUUUGGUGUCAACAGACCCACCAUCUCGUGCAUAUUUGACUGUGGGAACAGGUACCACCUCCGCUGCUACAUGUACCAAGCACGGGACCUGAUGGCCAUGGACAAGGACAGCUUUUCAGAUCCUUAUGCCAUUGUCUCCUUCCUCCACCAAAGCCAAAAGACAGUGGUGAUCAAGAACACCCUGAACCCCACCUGGGACCAGACACUCAUCUUCUAUGAGAUAGAGAUCUUUGGGGACCCUCAGAAAGUAUCUGACUCUCCUCCCAACAUUGUGGUGGAAAUAUAUGACCAAGACACCUACGGUGCAGACGAGUUCAUGGGGCGCUGCAUUUGCAAGCCCAGCCUGGCAGCGUCGCCGCGGCUCUCCUGGCACCCGGUCACCAGGGGCAGCAGGAAGGUCGGGGAGCUGCUGGCUGCCUUCCAGCUGAUUCAGAGGGAGAAGCCAGCUGUCCACCACAUCCCAGGAUUUGAGAAUGAACUGUCCUCCAGCCUGGAUGAGGCUGCAGACUCUGACCUGCCCUACCCCCCACCCCAGCUGCAGCCCAACAUCUACAUGGUGCCCCAGGGGAUCAAGCCUGUCCUGCAGCGCACGGCCAUCGAGAUCCUGGCCUGGGGGCUGAGGAACCUCAAGAGCUACCAGCUGGCCAGUGUCACCUCACCCAGCCUGCUGGUGGAGUGUGGGGGGCAGCUCGUGCAGUCCUGUGUCAUCAAGAACGUCAAGAAGAACCCCAACUUUGACAUCUGCGUGCUCUACAUGGAAGCGCGCCUGCCCAAGGAGAGCCUGUACAGCCCUCCCAUCAUCAUCAAGGUCAUUGACAACAGGCCCUUUGGCAGGAGGCCCGUGGUGGGGCAGUGCACCAUCCACGCCUUGGAGGGCUUCUACUGGGACCCCUACCGAGAGGAGGCAGAGGGACCCCAGGAGCACUCAGACGCCGUGAGCCUCACGCCCAGGGACGACGUCCUGAUUGACAUUGAUGACAAAGAGCCUCUGAUUCCUGUCCAGGAGGAAGAAUUCAUUGACUGGUGGAGCAAAUUCUACGCGUCCACGGGAGAGAGGGAGAAGUGUGGCUGCUACUUAGAGAAGGGCUUUGACACCCUGAAGGUGUACGAGACGGAGCUGGAGAAGGUGGAGGACUUUGAGCAGCUCUCUGACUUCUGCCACACCUUCAAGCUGUACCGCGGGCGCUCGCAGGACUCGAGCGACGACCCCUCGGUCGUGGGGGAGUUCAAGGGUUCCUUCAAGAUUUACCCCCUCCCAGACGACCCCCGCGUCCCGGCGCCGCCCCGGCAGUUCCACCAGCUCCCGGCCAGGGGACCCCAGGAGUGUCUCGUCAGGGUCUACAUCAUCCGGGCCUUCCACCUCCAACCCAAGGACCCCAAUGGCAAGUGCGAUCCCUACGUGAAGAUCUCAGUGGGAAAGAAAUCCAUAAAUGACCAGGAAAAUUACCUCCCCUGCACACUGGAGCCCGUCUUUGGGAAGAUGUUCGAGCUGAGCUGCACUCUGCCCCUGGAGAAGGACCUGAAGAUCACACUCUAUGACUACGACCUCCUGUCCAAGGAUGAGAAGAUUGGGGAGACCGUCAUAGACCUGGAGAACCGGUUCCUGUCGAAAUACGGGGCUCGCUGUGGGCUCCCCCAGACCUACUGCAUCUCUGGACCCAACCAGUGGCGAGACCAGCUCCGUCCUUCCCAGCUGCUUCAGCUCUUCUCCCUGCAGCACAACUACAAGGCUCCCACCUACAAGUCUGACAGGGUCAUCUUCAGGGAGCAAGAGUACAUCCUCUCUGAGCUGGAGGAUGGGAAGCCCCUCAACCCCCACCUGGGGCCCGUGGAGGAGCGUCUCGCCCUGGCUGUGCUGAGGAAGCAGGGGCUGGUGCCUGAGCACGUGGAGACAAGAGCCCUUUACAGCCCUCUCCAGCCAGAGAUCGAGCAGGGAAAGCUGCAGAUGUGGGUGGACCUGUUUCCAAAGUCUCUGGGUCAGCCUGGCCCCCCGUUCAACAUCACACCACGCAAAGCCAAGAGGUUCUACUUGCGCUGCAUCGUCUGGAACACCAAGGACGUCAUCCUGGAUGACCUCAGCAUCACUGGGGAGAAAAUGAGUGACAUCUACGUCAAAGGCUGGCUGCUUGGCCACGAGGAGAACAGGCAGAAGACAGAUGUGCACUACAGGUCUAUGGGAGGAGAGGGCAACUUCAACUGGAGGUUCAUCUUCCCCUUUGACUACCUGCCUGCUGAGCAAAUGUGCUACAUUGCAAAAAAGGAGCAUUUCUGGAGCUUGGACAAGACAGAAAACAAAAUUCCACCCCAGCUUAUCUUCCAGAUCUGGGACAAUGACAAGUUCUCUUUCGAUGACUAUUUGGGCUCCAUCCAGAUGGAUCUCAACAGGAUGCCCAAGCCUGCCAAGACUGCUGAGAAGUGCUCCUUAGAGCUGCUGGAUGAGAACUUGUCUUCCAGUCGCUUCGUGUCACUCUUUGAGCAGAAGACUGUCAAGGGCUGGUGGCCCUGUGUUGCUGAGCACAACCAGGAGAAGAUCCUGGCGGGCAAAUUGGAGAUGACUUUGGAAAUCGUGGCUGAACAAGAGCACGAGGAGCGCCCGGCGGGCGUGGGGCGGGAUGAGCCCAACAUGAACCCCAGGCUGGAGGACCCCAAGCGCCCAGAGACCUCCUUCCUGUGGUUCACCUCCCCCUACAAGACCCUGAAGUACAUCCUGUGGCGGCGGUACAAGUGGGUGCUCAUCCUGGCCAUCCUGCUCUUCAUCCUGCUGCUCUUCCUGGGAAUCUUCAUCUAUGCCUUCCCGAACUAUGCUGCUAUGAAACUGGUGAAACCUUUCAACUGA